AUGGCUUCCUUUCAUAGACUUCUUCUCUUAUUUACAAUACUCUGCAUCUGCACAGCUGAAUCCUCAGAGCUUUGGAGUCAGUUUUGCAAUCACAAUUCUCAAAUAAAUAGUACCCAGUUGUCAGCAAACAUCGAUAGUUUAUUGGCUGAAUUGAUGUCAGGAACUGUCCAGAAUGGUUUCAGCACCAUCUCCUACGGCAAAGCCGAAGACCAAGUCUUUGGCCUGGCACAAUGCAGAGGAGAUGUGAGCAGCGAAGACUGCUCGAGCUGCGUCGAAGAUGCAUCAAAACAAAUUCGCAAACUUUGCCCAAGUCAAUCUGAUGCUCGAAUUUGGUAUGAUUACUGUUUUAUAAGAUAUGGUACCAACAAAUUCUUCGGACAAGUUGAUACAUCAGUUGGGAUAAUCUUCUACAAUGUUGAGAAUGUAACCAAUCCUGAUUCUUUCAACAAAGAACUGGCAAGUUUGUCGGAUAAGAUCAGUUCAGAGGCUGUUAAGCCCGGAAACAAAGGGCUUGGGAGAGGAAAGAAACAGUUGUCACCUUUUCUGACUUUAUAUGAACUGGCUCAAUGCACUAGGGACCUCUCGCCGCUUUCUUGCGAUCAGUGCUUGGCCAUAGCAAUUGGGAACUUCCCCACCUUCUGCAAUAACAAGAAAGGAUGCCGAGUUCUCUACGGUAGCUGCAUCAUCCGUUAUGAGUUAUAUCCAUUUUUCUUUCCUCUUGAUCCAAAAGAGACCUUAGUCAAUAUGCCUCUAAAGUACUACCACUCGUCUACAGUACACAACCCUUAAAUAAGUUAGAUGGUUGUUAUAUGGAGCGAGUCAGCUCUACACUGAAUUGUAUGCUCAGUUGUUUCUGUACUGUCAUCAUCGACAAAUCCCUGUGUG